GAAGCCCCUUACUAAAAUUUCAUUGUGAAAAAAUGUCAGACAGAAUGUGAAUCUGCUUGUCCUCAAUAGGACUAUUCAACAACAACAACAACAACUACAAAAAAGUAUUAUCCACACGAUAUAAACAUGCAGAGCAUAUCAAUUGUGUGGCAAGGAUAUUGCUGGUCAUGCCUUUUGUUGGUUUUGUUAUAUGCACCCCAUGGAGCUUAUGGCAAUGACACCAACAAUAACGCCAAUAAUUGUUUUGAGAAUCAUAAUGGUUUCAAUAUCAAUGAGAACCAGCUAGCAACAACAACAACUAGUCAGCCAACAAGUCAAGGCUCAACAUUGGCAUUGACAUUGGAGCCAACCAUGACAACGACAACGACAACGUCAACAUCAAAACCAACUGUUGCUGCUCCCCCCCAGAUGGGUCCCAUGUGGAAGUGUUGCUGUUGGAAUGCAACUAAUCAAAAUGAAUUGGAAUGCCGCUGUGAAGGUGAAGCUCUAACACGAGUACCCCAAACCCUGAAUUUACCUGUGCAACGUCUUACGGUGGCAUCAGCAGGAUUGCCGCGUUUACGGUCGACAGGACUAAAGGUUUAUGCGGCCACAUUGUUGGAUGUAGCUUUCAUGGACUGUCUGCAAUUGGAACUCAUACAGGAUGGAGCCUUUGCAAAUUUAACAAUGUUGCGCACCAUUUACAUUUCAAAUGCUCCCAAAUUGACAGUCCUCUCGAAAGAUGUAUUUAAAGACAUUUCCGACACAAUUGAAAUUAUACGUAUUAUAAAUAGUGGGCUAAUCAGUGUGCCAGACUUGCGUUAUUUACCACCCAACAAUAUACUACAAAUGAUAGAUCUCGAUAACAAUCAAAUAACUCGAAUUGAUAGUAAAUCCAUAAAUAUAAAGACUGGACAAUUAAUUUUGACAAACAAUAAUAUACGUUACAUUGAUGAUUCGGCAUUUUAUGGUUCAAAAAUUGCCAAACUAUAUCUGAGAGAUAAUCGAAAAUUGAACAAAUUGCAUCCCAAUGCCUUCUAUGGCAUUAUAGAUAUAACUGAAUUAGAUCUCUCACGAACUUCUCUUGUAUCUCUACCGUCAGUUGGACUGCAAACGAUUGAAGCAUUAUAUAUAACAAAUACAAAUACUCUAAAGACCAUACCAUCUAUAUAUAACUUUCAGAAUCUGCAGCGAGCUUAUCUAACCCAUUCAUUCCAUUGCUGUGCCUUUCAAUUUCCAUCGCGUCACGAUCCUCAGCGUCAUGCCCAACGGAUGGAGGAGAUCAAGAAAUGGCGAGAGGAUUGCAAUGCAAAUCGUAAAAAGGGUCAAGUAAAGACAUCUUCAGUGAGUUCAUCAAAUGAAUUGCUCCUUGGCCGUUGGGAGGAUACAAAUGUUAAUGAAAAAUGGGAUCACAUUGAUUUCUACAAUGCUACGGAGGAUACGGAAAACGAGGUCUUGGCAAAUCCAUUCGAACCGGUCGAUUAUAUGUCAGACUCUUCGAUGAAUAUCGGUGUGUUUCAUGAUUCGAUUACCAUAAAUCGUGAAGAUGAUCAAUUGGAUGUGUACUGUGGCAAUUUUACAUUUCGUAAACCAAAUAUCGAAUGCUAUCCCAUGCCCGAUGACUUAAAUCCCUGUGAGGAUGUAAUGGGCUAUCAAUGGUUACGUAUUUCUGUGUGGGUUGUUGUUGCCUUGGCCGUUGUGGGCAAUGUUGCAGUACUUACCGUAAUAUUAUCGAUCAAACCAGAGACGUCAUCGGUGGCGCGUUUCCUAAUGUGCCAUUUGGCAUUUGCUGACCUGUGCUUGGGUUUAUAUCUGUUGCUGGUGGCCUCGAUUGAUGCCCAUUCCAUGGGCGAGUAUUUUAACUAUGCCUACGAUUGGCAAUACGGGGUUGGAUGUAAAGUUGCCGGCUUUCUAACGGUAUUCGCCAGUCAUUUGUCGGUGUUCACAUUGACCGUGAUUACCAUCGAACGUUGGAUGGCGAUUACAAGGGCCAUGCAGUUGAACAAUCGCAUUAAAUUACGUCCUGCGGCUCUUAUCAUGCUGGGCGGUUGGCUCUACUCAUUUCUAAUGUCCUCGUUGCCAUUGUUUGGCAUUAGCAGUUACUCAUCAACCAGUAUUUGUUUGCCCAUGGAGAAUCGAGAUGUCUUUGAUACUGUCUAUUUAAUAUCGAUUCUGGGCUGCAAUGGUUUGGCAUUUUCCAUUAUAGCCGUUUGCUAUGCCCAAAUUUAUCUGUCCCUGGGGGAGGAAACGAGACACGCUCGACAAAAUAAUCGCGGAGAGCUGAGUGUGGCCAAAAAGAUGGCCCUAUUGGUCUUUACCAACUUCACCUGCUGGACGCCAAUUGCGUUUUUUGGUCUCACUGCAUUGGCUGGUUUCCCUUUGAUCAAUGUCACCAAAUCAAAAAUAUUGCUAGUAUUCUUCUACCCCCUCAACUCAUGUGCGGAUCCAUAUCUUUAUGCCAUACUAACCACACAAUAUCGCCAAGAUCUAUUUAACCUAUUGACUAAAUUGGGCAUUUGUCGUCAGGGUAAAGGUAGUUCUUGGAAAUAUAAAACCUCCACCUCGGGUCCACAGACGACACGUUUCACCAUCCAUCGUCACAGCUCGCUGGGAUCCAAGGUGCAGCAUGUUCUACCUGGCGAAAUACAGAGCAUGCUGAAGAGUAAAGAAGAUUAUGUUUAAGUUUAUAGAAAUCAUUCAAACAAAGACUUUUAAAGACUCUUGACAACAAACUUUCCGUUAUCAGUAAUCAGAGUUUGAAACUCUUCUCUGUCCCUAACUAGAGUUGAUUCUCUUACUUAGUUAUCGAUGUAAAAAAAAAAAAGAAAAGUUAGAAGAGUUUAGAUGUUCUCGUUAAUGUGGAUAUGAUUUGUUCGAUAAACCAUGAUGAUCCUUAAAAAUAACCGAAUUGUGAUAUAUUUAGUUUUUACAUUCUCUGCUCUCUGUAAUAUUAGUUUU